CACGUGAUCUCCACAUGUCACGUCAUCAAAAUUGUAUGGUUCCUUAUCUAGAUUUGUUUUGAUUGUCUUCCUGCUGUACAAAUAUUUAAGUUUAAAUCUAAUUUUAAAGAUCAAUCUCAUAGAAAUAUUUCAUCAUUAUAGUUUUAGAAACUAUGCAAUAUUUUUCCGCAACAGAUAUUCAGCCUGAAAGUACUAGAUGGCAGCUUCUGAUGUGGCAGAAAGAUUUACUCCGGUUACAGCACUUCGAUUGCAAUCAAGAACAACACUUUCGGAGCAUUUGAACCCUACAAAAGUAAUUCCUUCUCCUGGGGGUCUUCCAAGAGACUGGCGAGGACUUGCUGAUCUAUGUGAUGUGCCGGCGCCUGGGCCGGGAACGGCCGGCGAGAAAGAUGCUACUGACACCAUUUUGACCGCUUGGCAGAAGAAACAUCCCACCACAGCUUCCGUGGAACGACUUUGUCAGUUUCUAGAGCAGCUCGACCGCUAUGACAUCCUUGAUGAUUUGGAAGCUUGUAUCACUGAUGAUGUUCAAAGAUAUUGGGACAGAUUGAACAACGAUAAUCAAGUUCAACCGUUCUCUAGUUCAAGUUCGCCUUAUGAUUCAAUUCUCACAAUUGAUGACACUCAAAGGAUAUCUUUAGGAUUGCCACCUCAGAACUAUCAUGCAUUCGUAUUAUUCGCGGAUGAAGACAGGGAAUUCGGUAUUCAAAUUGUCGAGACUUUGGAAACCGACUAUAAUUUAAAGAUUUGUUACAAGGACCGUGAUCUGGUUGGUGGGAUAAAUUUCGAACAUGAAGCCAUUGUGAGACUGGUUUCCGAGAGAUGCAAUCAUCUGGUUGUAAUUCUUUCCGACAACUUUUUCCGAAGCAAUCCUGUCAAUAAGUUCUACACGAAUUUCGCUCAGGCUUUAGGAAUAGAGCAAAAAAGAAGAAAAGUAGUGCCAUGCAUUUAUAAUUGUGAUCCUCAGCUCCUGCCACCAGAACUGAGGUACUAUUACAUGCUGAAUUGCCGCAAUGAGAACUUCUUCACGAUAUUGAACAGAUCCAUUGGCGGUGCUACCACAUUGGCACUUGCGAGUGGAAGAAAAUCUCGACGUGUUCGACUCUCUUAAGAAAAUUUGGGAGGGGAGGGUCCCAGUUCGUCGAGUUCUCAGUUCUUCAAGUGCCGAGUUUGACAAUUUCUAGAAAUACUGAGACAAGUGGGAAGCUGAGCCUUUUAGUUGGUCAAGUCUCACGGCAUUAAGUUUUCCCACAGUUACCUUGAAAAGUGAACAUUCCUGCACUGAUUACAGAACGCAAAGAAUCACUUUUCCGCUCUAUUGCGCAAAAUACUUUGCGUAUUAUGUUGCAGCCAUCCCAAUCAGCUGUUGACAUUGUUGGCGUGUAUUUUGAAUGCAAAUUUGUUCUAUGUAUAUUUUGUCUGAUUUUCAAAUAAAUAAAAAUGAGAACUCAUUAAAUUAUACAUUUUGAA